AUGGAGCGGUGGGUCGGGGCCGCCGGGGGCUGGGAUUCGCUCUGGGGAGCUGGCUGGGGCCGAUGGCCGUGCUGGGAGCUCCUGGCCGCCUGCGCCGUCAUCGGCGCCGUGGGCUGGCUGCUGCGGCUGCGGGACAGGAGGCCGGGCGGCCGCCGGGCGGCAGCGGCCGCCAUCUCCUCCUCGACCCCCAUCGCGUCCCCGGCUCCCCACUCGGCCCCGGCGCCGCUCGCCGCGGGGAGCCAGCGCUGCAGCGGGAGCCGCCCAGGUGCAAUAACAAUGGAUACAAUAUUAUCCCGGUUAAAGAAGCUCAGCCACGAUGAGCUUAGAGAAGAGAUUGUGAGGGCAGGACUGAAAUGUGGGCCCAUUACUGCAACUACAAGGUUUAUUUUUGAAAAAAAAUUGGCUCAGGCACUGUUGGAGCAGCAAGGAGCCCUGGAGGAGGAAGGGUCUGCUCUGCCGGAGGAGGCUGCUGGAAAUGUCCCAGGGAGUCACAACAGCCAUGGAAGUGCUGCUGAGGAGGUGGACUUUGGGUACUGUGUGGGCCUGAACCCUCCAGAAGAAGAUGCUGUGGCACUCAUGAACUGUUCAGCUCCAGCCUGUGGUGCUGGAGAGUCACAAAUCUCUGCUCAGACACCAUCCAGAGAUCCUCCACUGUUCUAUGGUGUUUGCCCAGUUUAUGAUGACAUACUGGCCAGGAAUGAGAGAAUACAUGUUUAUGAAGAUAGGAAGGAAGCUCUCCAGGCUGUUAAGCUGAUUAAGGGUUCCCGUUUUAAAGCUUUUACAAACAGAGAGGAUGCUGAGAAAUUUGCUAAAGGAAUCUGUGAUUAUUUCCCAUCUCCAGGCAAGUCCUCUUUAUGUUUGUCUCCAGUGAAAAUGGGAUCAUUUAACAGAGAUGGUUUGUGCUCCCCUGAGAGUGACACUGUGAAUAAGGAGAGAGCCAACAGCUACAAAAGUCCACGGACUCAGGAUCUCACAGCCAAGCUUCGGAAAGCUGUGGAGAAAGGAGACACAGCAACGUUCUCUGACCUUAUUUGGAGUAACCCUCGUUACCUGAUCGGGUCAGGAGACAACCCAACCAUUGUACAGGAAGGGUGUAGGUACAAUGUCAUGCAUGUUGCUGCCAAGGAGAAUCAGCCUGCUAUCUGCCAGUUACUGCUGGACACUCUGGAAAAUCCAGAAUUUAUGCGGCUCAUGUACCCAGAUGAUAACGAUGUCAUGUUGAAGAAACGCAUCCAAUAUAUUGUUGACCUUUACCUGAACACUCCAGAUAAAAUGUGGUUUGAUACUCCAUUGCAUUUUGCUUGCAAGUUUGGGAAUGUGGAUGUGGUUAAUGUGCUUACCUCACACCCAGCCAUUGUAAAAAAUCCAAGAAACAAAUAUGAUCAAACUCCAGCAGAAGUAGUUUGUGAAAGAAGCAAGAACAAAUCUGCUGAAUUGAAAGAAAAGAUAAAAGAGUACUUGAAAGGUCACUAUUAUGUGCCACUCCUGAGGGCAGAGGACAAUUCCUCAGCCCCGGUCAUUGGGGCACCGUGGUCGCCCGACCAGACGGACGAUGGCCCCCAGAGAGCUUGGCCUAAAUACCCUGGCAGCCCCAAAGACCCAGUGCUGUCCAUCAGGGCUUUUGCAGGCCCCAUGAGCCCCUCAAAGGCUGAAGAAUUUCGCAGGCUGUGGAAAACUCCACCUCGAGAGAGAGCUGGCUUCUUUCACAAUGUCAGGAAAUCUGAUCUGGAGAGAGGUGUUGAAAGAGUUGGAAGGGAGUUAGCUCAUGAGCUGGGGUUCCCGUGGGUUGAAUACUGGGAAUUUCUGGGCUGUUUUGUUGAUCUGUCUUCCCAGGAGGGGCUGCGAAAGUUAGAAGAGUACCUGAGUCAUCGUGAAAUGAGCGAAAAGGCUCAGCCAGAAACAGGGGAAAAUGAAACCUGCAAUAGAUACAAAACUCCACAUCCCUCUGGCAAAAGCAAAAAGUCCUGCAAUUCCAUUUCUGUUGGAGCAUUUUUGGAUGAGGAUGAUGAUGACAUGAGCUUAGAAGAAAUUAAAAACAGACAAAAUGCAGCACGAAAUAUCAGCCCCUCUCUGGUGUCCAAGGAGCCCAGCAUUGAUGCCAUUGGAGAUGCUGAGUGUGACAUCCUGUCCAUGGAGUGUGCAGGAAACAUCAUAGAGACCUCAGCUCACCCUCGGCACUAUGAGAAGGGGGCUGCUGCCAGCAAAAAUGGGUUUUGCAGUCCUGUGUCCAGUAAAAGGAUCAUCAGUGACAGAAAGCAGCUGCAUGAUGGGUCAGAAUGCCUCAUGUCACCUGUUUCCAAUUUGAUGUCAGAAUUUGAAGGCCUGUCAUUCCAAGAACAAGAGGUUGCAGGAGUAUCUCAUAAAAUCACUAAACAAACUGAGAAUGAGGGAAUUCUGGACAAGACCUGCUCUGCAGUGUCACUGGCAAGUUCUUCUGAUCCAAAUGUUACAGGAAAAUAUGGAGAGACCAAGUUAAGGACAGACCACAGAAUAUCAUUAGAAAAGGAAAGAGUGUCCAGAGAAUCUGGAAUUCAGACUAGGGAGUCACAGCAACGUCAAGAACUUCCCUCCCAGAAGUUUCUUUCAAAGACUUCACCCACAAACGACAAUUUAAAGUUAUUCCUUCUUGGGGAGCAGCCCUCAAAGCUGGAUGGUGAUGUCUUAGCAGCUAUAGAAGGAGCAGAGAUUGAUCCCCAGAAAUUCCCAAUGAUUUACAAAUGGAAACACGCAGUGCAAUCCUACUCCUCAUCUGACAGGCAAAGUUGGCCAAGUCCAGCGUUGAAGGCAAGAUUCCAGUCCCAGUCCAUGGCUGCUGGUCUUCCAAAUGCUUCAGUGUAUCCUAGUUCAGGAAGAAACAGUCCCAUCCCAGGGAGCCCGGGGAAACAGGGGAAACACGGCAGCUCCUUCCCUCCGGAGCCCGGCAGCCCCGGGCGCUACAGCCCCGCCUGCAUCCUGCGCUACUUUGCAGAGCCUCCUGCCCACUAGAGUGCAACUCCUCAUCCUGGGACUUCAGUUCUGUUCUCAUUGGUAGAGUGGAGGAAAAACUACAAUGUUACUAAGGUGACAUGAGGUUUGUACUCAGCUAUUUAUUUUUCCUCAAUUGAGGACAACUGUAUGUUUAAAUAAUGGAGUAUCUGUCUUAAUGCCACAUACAAGGUAGAUUAUUACUGGUGAUAAGCAAGAAGUUUGUGAGUGCAGUUGUCCAGUAGCUGAAUUAACCCUUGUUGCCAGUACCACAGUGGGCUGAACUGUCCUUAGCAGUGGUGGUAAUUGCUAUCACUCCUUAUCCUCAUUGUAAUGACCACACAGCCCUCAACUGCCUUUCUUGACCUUGGAUAGUCGAGGAAAUGCAUCAUCAGCAAAUAGAAUGUGGGAGAGGAGAUUGAUGGCAGAAACAUUUUCCUGCUUGCAGGGGGAAAAGCCUAAAGCAUGCCUGGUAACGUGAGGAGAGCUUUGCAGUGUGGAGCAGGGAUGUGAAGCCCUGUGCAGAAGCAGAGAGUGUUUCCAGCCAGCUGGGCUGGGCAGUUGAUUCCCACAGCCACCCGCACCUGUGUGUCCGUGUGUGUGUGCACAGAUCUGCACAGAGACCCUCGAGGCUCUGCUUGUUCUGAGGCUGUUACAGACACUGAGAUCUGAGUGCUUUAGAAACAGGGCACUGUAGAAACUAUUGGGAUUCCUUUAGUGGUAGUGGAAGAUUAAAGGAAAAGAAAAGCUUAGGAAUUAGCUGGUUAUUUUUUCCCCAGAGAAGCUACUAACACUAGCAGAUUUGAAUAGUUAUUACACAAAAGCACAUCAGCAAUAAUCUCAGCAAAUUUACCAGCAAGAUACUUUAUCUUAAUGGUCUGGUUUGUAAUAUAUUAGCAUGGUAGCCAGUGGCCCAGGAGGUGGCUAUUUCCCAGCUGUAAAGAGAGAGGACUAAGGACAAAAUAUUUUUAUGAAAUCUGAGCUUUUACUGUGUCUCUGGUGUUGAUGUGGUAAUGAGUUUUUGUUACAGCAGUCAAUAAUUUUAUUCUGCAGCCUUCUGUAAGAAUGACUUGUUUUGACAGCGUGAUGCUGAGAAUAAGAAAGCUUUUCAAAACUCCAGAGAGUUUUCCAUAUCAAGCCUAGUGCUUGUAAUGUUGCAUGAAAGGCUUCCAGAAACAGCUCUCUAGUAUAAAAAAAAGGAAAAAAAAAAAAAGAAAAAAGACCUAUCUACUGUUACAAGAUAAAUCUGAUCAGAGUAUGAAGUUCUGCAGGGCUGUGCUGGUGAGAAGGGCUGGGUUAGGGUGGGCUGGUGCCACGGUCAGUGAGAGCUCAGAGCCACCUGGCAGGGCUGGAAGAGAAGGGCACCGAGCGGAGCAAACACGGGGGGGGCGGGAGGGGCUGGCCCGGCCUCCCCCAGGUCCCACCCGGCCCUCGGGGCCGUUCCCGAGCCGGGGCUCUCCCGCGGCAGUGACUGUUCUGCACAAACUGUGCACCCUCACAGCUUCGUGAUUGGUACAAACCUAAACACUGCACUUAAUGCUUUUGCAAGCUCAGUAGUGCCUUUUGUAAUAUAUUUUUUUAAUUAAAUUUUUUGUUCUUUUGGAAUUUUUUUUUUUAAAAGUGGCAUCCACUUACUAUGGGCAGAUAAAAUACAGUUUUUCUCUGGGCUUUCUGAACAGGAUGUCUUUUAAUGUCUCUAAGUUGGAUUAUUUGGUGCAAUAGCUCUCCAUGGGGGAGAGACUCCUCUUUUAAAAAUUAUUUAAAAAAUAAAAAAAAA